AAUAAUACGGAGUAGACAAUAAUAAAAAUGUUUUAGAAUUAAAUUGAAUAGACGAAAACAUACUCUUUUUUAGAGUAAAGAAAAAAAAUGGUAGCAAAAAAAGAAUACGACGCCUGAGAGAUUCGAACUCUCGCGGGGAAACCCCAUGUACUUAGCAGGCACACGCCUUAACCACUCGGCCAAAGCGUCUGUUUGUUUCAACUCAGGAAAUCUGAAUCAACGACGACGGCCAUCGAUCUUUUCUCCCAUGGCAAACCCGUUGCGGUUAUAUCUGACGUGCAUAAGGAACACUCUUGAGGCCGCCAUGUGUCUCCAGUCCUAUUGGGAUGUGACUUGCCCUAUUGUGCCCCCAAGUUACUUGGGGUUAAGGCUUUCUUAUUGUUGUUGUUGUAAUGCUGUGAGGACCAGCCAAGAACUUCUACUUAAUCCUGUUUUGAUUUGUCGAAAUGAGGCUGAAAAAUGCUUAAUAGAAACCUCUAUCAAUUCACUGAGGAUAAGCCUCAAGGUGAAGCAGGCCGAUGAACUUGAAAACAUAUUGGCAAAAAAGUUCCUUAGAUUUUUGUCAAUGAGAGCAGAGGCAUUUCAGGUACUUAGAAGAAAGCCAGUGCAGGGCUACGACAUAAGCUUUCUCAUAAGUAAUUAUCAUUGUGAGGAAAUGCAGAAGCAGAAACUUAUUGAUUUUAUAGUACAGUUCCUGGAGGACAUUGAGAAGGAGAUCAGCGAGCUGAAAUUGUCUGUUAACACCCGAGGGAGGCUUGUGGCUACGGAGUUUCUAAAGCAAUUCGUCUGAUGUUUCUUCAUUGAUGGAUUGUUAUGCUUUUGCACUGGACUCCUCUGUGAUGUUACUUCUGCCACUGUUUUAGGCACCGCUUGGCAUCAACUUUACCAUUUAACUUUAGUGUUUCCAAAAUGCUAUCCAAUGGCAGCAUUUAGUUUAGCACUUUCAAAGCUAAUCUAUACCAUUAAAAGAUAAAUCUAAAACUCCCAAAUUAGAGGUUCCCAUCUCUUUUGUUUUGUUUGUGAAUUCUAUGCAUACAUAGUAGUGUAAAGUAAAUAUUUGGGACACAUAUUGUGUUGUUU